AUGGCCCACAACGUUGCCUUUCGCCUUCCCCCAAUCAACCUGCUUUCUUUGGACCUCCCGCUACCGCCUCCGAACUUUAGCCAACACCAGUCGCUUCCACAUUUGGUGCCACGCCAGUAUGGGACUUGGCCGGUGCCGGUUGGCGCGCCGUUUGAAGCAAAGCCGCAUCAGCCGCUCGAAGCCAGACAACCUCCAUUUGGAUUGAAAUUACAUCAGAACUUGGAACCUAAAUUGCAUCAGACAUUGGAGCCUACAUUACCACCAGCAUCAGAACAACAUUUGCCUCUGACAUUAGCGCCAAAGGCGCAACUGACGUCGGAACCUGAAUUGCAAAAUGCGCCGGCCCCUAAGAUGCAGUCGUCUUUUGAUUCCUCUGCGCAACCUGCAUUCGAGCCCAAGUUGCAGCCAAAGUCGAGGCGCCAAGUGAACCGCGCCCUGAAGCGGCCACGUUGGCGGAGCCCGCACUGCAACCAUUGCGCGAGCUGGAGAGCCAGACGUCGCCUCGCUCGCCUUUGCUGCGCGAUGCCUCCCCUGCAAAGGAAUGGAAGCCGCGCAAAAAGCGUCAAUGCCCCGAGUGCCAUCUUUAUUUCUCCAACUUGGCGACCCACAAAUCCACGCACUUGA